AUGUACGAGAUGCCGUCGGAAAGAAAUGAGAAGUUCCAAAAGCGUGAGGGUGGAACGCGUAACCUUGUGCUAUUGCUAGCCAUCAGCACCGCCCUAAGUGAGCCACACUUUGGAUACUUUUAUCCCAAACCCACACCGCUGUGUCUUCCGGAGGUUUACAUCCACACGAUCCUAGACUGUCCGACCGAACCGUUGGUCCACUAUGCCACGGUACACGAUACGGUGUAUCUGACGAACUAUUUGACGUCUACGGUGGAGAAACCGGUCUACUUAACGACGACGAAGUACGCCGUAUCAACGGUAGCCGUCCCGCAAAUCGAGUAUGUCACGCAAACCAGUACCGUGGUCGUGCAGCCGAGUCCUGUCGUACAGUAUGUGACCGAAACGGUCGUGUCGACGAUCGUCAACCAGGCACUGUGUGGGGACAGCACAUCGAACUCUUACGUGGCUCCGCCGCUAUCGUACUUGCCGCCUCACCCACCAAGCAAUGCGUGA